UAAUGCGUGUUAGUAAAAUUUUACAAAUAUGAAGGGGUCUUGUGAAAAUAUGAUAAAGAUUUAGUGUAAUUGACUCAUCUCUCUCUCCGUUUCUGUAUCCACCGCCACCAGCCUCCACAAAUGGAGCUUUGGCAGCGAUGAGGACGCACGCACAGCGGCGCCGGAAUUGGAAGCGGGUUUGAGCGAAUUGGGUAACUAGCACAUAUUCUAUCUUUUCCUGAUUAAGUGUGAGCAGACAAAGUGGCAAAGUUGUUGUGACUUUGAACCAUCCCAGCACCAUCUGUCGCCUUAAAGCUAGCUUUCCAGGUGGUAUAACAACCAUGAUGCACUACUUCAUAGUGAUUCUUUCGAGUCUUAAGACUUGAUGUAGACAGCACUAAAAUUACAAUACAUGGCAUGUUUUGGGUACUUAACACUCUCUGUUAUUGGACACGUAUUUUUCCUUAAAUUCUCAACCUCACUUCGACCAAAAAAGGCCUAAUCCAGAGUCCCAGAGUGUUUAAAUCUGGUAUAUUUUAAUAUGGGAUAGAGAAUGUUCUUGUGUUUAGGCUGCGUGACAACUUUGUUGAGAAGUUUAUUUCAAGAUACAUUCUGUCAUAACUAAUUGUGAAUGAAAAACUAAUGCACUUAUACAGGGUUCAAAUAAAAUGGACUUAUAUGUUUUAAUUAUUACUUCGUAUUUUGGGGAAAGCCUCGUUGUAGAAUAUGGUGUUUCUUUUUCUCUUAAUAAAAUGAAAGUUUUACUAGGAUGGUUGUAAACCUACAAGUACAAAUGUGAAUGAGGAGAAAAUAGAGUGAUUCCUGCAUUUAGGAUUUGAAUCUUAUAUUAUGAAUCUGUAUGGGGGUAUCUUUCUUUAUUGCCUAAGCUUGUGCUGUGCCAUGAAUUUUUGCACCAGUUGCUCCAUUCCCUACGGCCUGCAUUCGACUUCUCAGAUUUAUUGCUAUAUUGUGGUAGUCUUUCUGUAAUCAAUCUUUAUCUUAUUUAUCUCACACUUUUUGUUUGCUACUGGCAGCAUUUUCCUACACAAAAUGGUUUUGUAGAUUAAUGGGCUUGUCUUAGAACUCCUAAAGUAGAAUGAUAUGCACUCAAAAUUUGUUUCAUACAACGUCAAAGAUAGUAGCCCUUGCAAGAUCUGGCCAAAUAACAUGUGCUCGCAAAAUUUUCAACGAAAUGCCUUUCAGAGACUCUAUUGCUUGGAAUGCAAUGCUUACUAGCUAUACGCAACUGGAUUUUCAUAACGAAUCUCUCUUGCUUUUCCGGUGCAUGAGAAUCUCUGACACUAGGCCAGAUCACUUUACCCUCACUGCAACUUUAAGUGCGUGUGCUGGUGCAUAUGAGCUUCAGUGUGGAACCCAAAUUCACACGCUAGUUACUGUUUUGGGUUACCGGUCUUACUUGCCGGUUAAUAAUGCGCUUAUUGAUAUGUAUGGGAAGUGUUCGAAUCCCUUGAGUGCUAGGAAAGUUUUUGAAGAAAUGAAACAUAGGAAUGAGGUGUCUUGGUGUUCGUUUUUAUUUGCACAGACAAACUCUGCUCAGUUCGAUGUUGCCCAUGAAGUGUUUUCUAUGAUGCCAAAAAGGGUUGAGAUAGCUUGGAAUAUUAUGAUUGCCGGUUAUGCACGAAAUGGAGAAGUGGAGUCUUGUUUGACUUUGUUGAAAGAGAUGACAGAGAGUAUGCGUCAGCCAGAUCAAUGGACUUUCAGUGCUCUCAUGAAUGCUUGUGCUGAAGCGUUAGAAUUUUGGUGUGGUUGCAUGGUACAUGCUCUUGUCAUUAAAAGUGGUUGGAGCUCUGCUGCAGAGGUCAAGAACUCGGUUUUAAGUUUUUAUGCUGAAGUAGGCUGCCAUGAAAAUGCAAUAAAGAUUUUUGAAUCCAUUGGAACUCUAACACAAGUGUCCUGGAAUGCCAUGAUUGAUACCUACAUGAAACUGGGGAAUACUCACGAAGCACUUCUUGUAUUUCAGCGGGCUCCUGAAAAGAAUGUUGUUUCCUGGACAUCUAUGAUCGCUGGAUUUGCAAAAAAUGGACCUGGAGAAGAAGCUGGUAGCUUCUUUGUGGAUAUGGUGAGAAGUGGAGUGCAACCAGAUGACUUCACAUUUGGAGCUGUCCUUCAUGCAUGUUCAAGCUUGGCAGUACUUGGACAUGGUAAGAUGGUCCAUGGUUGCAUACUUCGAUAUGGCUUCCAUGCUUAUGUCUUUAUUGGGAAUGGCUUAGUUAACAUGUAUGCUAAAUGUGGGGAUUUAGAAGGGUCAGUCCGUAUAUUCCGUAAUAUUCCUGACAAGGAUCUAGUAUCUUGGAAUGCUAUGUUAUUUGCAUUUGGAUUGCAUGGGCAAGCUAUCCAAGCUGUACAGGUUUUUGAAGAGAUGGUGGAAAACGGAGUAAAACCGGAUAAUGUGACCUUCAUUGGCCUGCUGAUGAGUUGCAGCCAUGCUGGGCUUAUAGAGGAAAGUCAUGUGCUUUUUGAAACAAUGAGAUCAGUUUAUGGCCUUUCCCCCGAAAUGGAUCAUGUGACAUGCAUGGUGGAUAUGCUUGGCAGAGGUGGUUACUUAGCGGAAGCAAAGGAACUGGUUGAUAAGUACUCGGAAGUAGGUGGUGGUGAGACGAGCUCAUGGGAAGCUCUGCUCGGGGCAUGUUCUGCGCAGGGGGACAUAGGAUUUGGAAAAAGUUUGGGCGAAAGUCUGAAGAUACUAGAGCCGCAUAAAGAGGCGAGUUAUGUGUCACUAUCAAAUUUGUAUUGUGCGAGCGGGCAAUGGAAGGAAGCAGAAAUGGUUAGGAAGAUGAUGGUUAAUCAAGGGGUGAAGAAAAUGCCCGGUUGUAGUUGGAUACAAGUGAGAAACAAGGUAAAGGCUUUUGUAGCCGGGAAGCAUUCGUAUUCGUGUAUGAACGAUGAGUUAUGUAAUGUAUUAAGUUUGAUUGAUUUUGAAAUGAGGAAUCCAUGCUGCUGUGUUGGUGUUCAAAUUUGAAACAAAUAUGAGUUUUACUCCAAAUUCAGAAUUUGUAAAUGUAACUGAUUCCCUACACUAUUAGAUUUGAGGUCUCCCAUUGCGCUUGUGGCCCAAUGAGCUUACCUUCCUUCA